UCUGCCUGUUUCAUUCUCCAGUCUACUGUCCCUCCUAGUUUUCACUGAAUCACACUUGCUAUUUCAACGCUAUUUGUCGCCGUUACUGCGUCGUCAGGAUCAAGAUGGCUGGCGCCAAUGGAAGUGUGGUCCCCCAGCUGAACCAUCGUCAUCCCUUGGACCAACUCAGUGGCGAAGAGGUAAAAAUCGCUCGACAAGCAGUACUCGAUGCACGUAAAGCUGCCAUUCUGUUCCGCAACAUCUACGCCGUCGAGCCAGUGAAAGCCGAUCUGGUCAAGUUCCUCAAUGCUGAACAUGCCGGGACACUUACAACGGACACAUCCCGGCCACCUCGUCAAGCUCGCGCCCAAUACGAUGUAGUCUACGAGGACCGGAGCCACGAAUAUAUGGAGUCGGUCAUCGACAUCGCCUCGGGAAAGGAAGUCCGCCUGAGAAAGCCGGAAAAAGGCUCCCAGCAAUCACUAACCGUGGAUGAGUUCAUGGAAUUCAACCGUGUCUGCGUCGCAUCGGAAAGGUUCAGAAAGGCUAUCAAGGAGCUCAAUCUGGAUGCGGAAAAGUUCGAAGUUGCCAUUGACCCAUGGCCAUAUGGUGGUCCAGACCCGGGAGAAUCUACCCCUAGGUAUACCCAAGGUCUUUGCUUUGCGAAAUUGCGCAACGGCAAUCCAGACAGCAACCAUUACGGUUUUCCUCUGCCCAUCAUCCCUGUCAUGGACACGUACAAGAAGGAAAUCAUCCGCAUUGACCGGCUGGCCACCGGCGGCUCCGAGGAUGGCCUGGAAUACGGCACUGCAGCCCAAAACGUCCUUGAGCAUUGCCGGCCUGCCGAAUACGUCCCAGAGUUAUUGGACACUCCUUUGCGCCAGGACUUGAAACCGUUGAACGUCUUACAGCCGGAGGGGCCAUCUUUCACAGUCAGUGACGACUCACUGAUUGAGUGGCAAAAAUGGAGAUUCCGCGUUGGAUUUACCCCACGGGAAUGCGCAGUCCUACACGACGUCCAUUACGAUGGACGAAGCGUGCUCUAUCGAUUGAGUUUGUCUGAGAUGACUGUGCCCUACGGCGAUCCUCGGCCUCCAUUCCAACGCAAGCAGGCUUUUGACUUUGGUGAUGCUGGUGCUGGCCGAGCUGCCAACAAUCUGGCCCUGGGAUGCGACUGCCUGGGUGUGAUCAAGUAUAUUGAUGCCAUGCUUGUGGACUCGCAAGGCCAACCGUCGGUUUCAAAGAAUGUGGUCUGUGUCCAUGAGCAAGAUAAUGGCAUCGGCUGGAAACAUACCAAUUUCCGAACCAAUCGAGCUGUGGUGACGAGGAACCGUGAAUUGGUUGUCCAGUUCAUCAUUACUCUGGCGAACUAUGAGUAUAUUUUCGCCUACAAAUUCGACCAAGCCGGGGGUAUAACCGUGGAAACACGAGCUACCGGCAUUGUGUCAGUCGUCAAUAUCGAUCCGGGAAAGACAAGCCCGUAUGGUAAUGUUGUGUCUCCUGGAGCGCUCGCCCAAAAUCAUCAGCACAUAUUUGCGGUUCGCAUCGACCCUGCCAUCGACGGACAAGCCAAUACCAUCUUCACGGAGGAGUCUAUACCCAUACCCAUGAACUCUAAAACAAACCCAUUUGGCAACGGCUAUGAAGUCGUCCGCAAGGCUGUCACAAAAUCAUCUUGGAUUCAUGCUUCUCCGUUUACCAAUCUCACUAUCAAGAUGGCCAAUUCCAACAAGAUUAAUGCUGUCUCUCAACGGCCAGUUUCCUACAAAUUUAUCCCAUCGCCGAGUCAAUUGAUACUUGCGGAUCCCGAAUCGAUAGUCGCCAAGCGGGCCGCAUUUGCGCAACACCACGUCUGGGUAACGAAAUACAGAGACGAAGAGCUUUUUGCGGCUGGGGAGUUCACAAAUCAGUCCCAGAUCGAGCAAGGUGGUGUUGCGGAUGCUGUGGCGAGGAACGAAGAUGUCGAGGACGAUGAUGUGGUUGUGUGGAAUGUUUUCGGCCUCACCCACAACCCUCGCGUGGAAGAUUGGCCUGUUAUGCCAGUGGAAAUUCACGAGCUGCAAUUGAAACCGGCCGACUUCUUCGAGAGAAACCCAGCUUUGGAUGUGCCUGGGAAUAAAAAUCACAGUUCUGUCGAAAUCGGCAGAGACACAAAUGGUGCAUGUUGCCAAAGCGCUGGGACAGUCAACGGUAACGGCUCAGUGCAGUCUGCUCCCACAACCCAUCUCCAGGGGACGGAUAGCAUCCCUGUGUCCGAGGUCAACGGUCAUUGACAGUUGACCCACGUAGUCAACAUAUAAAUAUCUCAGGUACACUGAACAAUGCUGAUGGCAAG